AUGGGUGACCCAGAUUUCAAAGAGCCUAUCGACAAUGGCGAGAGCCAGUCUAGCUCCCAGCAUGACAACGAACUUCCCCCUCUCACAUCGACGACCGAGCGCAGACUGAUGGCCAAGGUCGAUUGGCACAUUCUGCCUUGCUUGUGUAUCCUAUACCUUCUCGCGUUCUUAGAUAGAGUCAAUAUCAGUAAUGCCGCUAUUCUCGGUCUCAAGGAGGAUUUGAAUAUUACCGAGGGAACGAAAUAUAACAGCGCGCUCACGAUUUUUUCGUCCCAUACAUCCUUUUCGAGGUUCCGUCAAAUAUGCUGCUCAAGAAGCUCAAACCUCACGUCUGGUGUAAUACCGGCUUGCAUGUUCAUGUUCGGACUGGUUUUGGUCUUCCAGGGUUUGGUUAACAACUGGGGUGGACUGAUGGCCACCCGGUUCUUUUUGGGAGUAUUCGAGACGGGCAUGUUCCCUGGAUGCUUCUAUCUGAUGGGCAUGUGGUACAAGCGCUCAGAAGCUCAGAAGCGUUUCAGUUUCUUUUUCAGCUCCACCAGUCUGGCUGGUGCUUUCGGUGGUCUGCUUGCCAGUGGAAUCGGAAAGAUGGACGGUAUGCGUGGCUACAGUGGCUGGCGAUGGGUCUUCAUCAUUGAGGGCGUGUUGACUAGUGUUGUUGCCUUGAUCUUGUUCUUCUUUAUCGCCGAUUUCCCCGAGGAUGUGAAAUGGCUGAACGAGGAAGAGCGCACCUACAUGCGCGCCAAGUUGGCCAAGGAUGUAGGCAAGGCCGCUCACCAUGUUCGUAUGGGCAAGAAAGAGGUGUUAGGUGUUUUCAAGGACUACAAGGUCUUCAUUGGAGGCUUCAUGUACUUUGGUUUGAUUGUCCCCGCCUAUAGUUACGCCUACUUCGCUCCUACAAUCAUCAAGUCCUAUGGCUACGAUUCUAUCAAAACUCAGCUGUAUUCCAUCCCUCCCUGGGCUGCAUCCUUCGGUGUCUCAAUGAUCAUCGCAUUCUUCUCCGAUAGAAUGCGUCAACGAUUCGCGUUCACCAUGAUCCCAAUGGCCAUCGCUAUUGCUGGAUUUGCAAUGCUGCUUACGAUUACUAGCAAGGCUCAAACAGAUGCCCAAUAUGGUGCUCUGUUCCUCGUCACUAGCGGCUGCUACAGCGCAAUGCCUGUCAUUGUAUGUUGGUUCGCCAUGAAUUUGGGUGGCCAUCACAGACGCAGUGUGGGAACUGCUUGGCAGGUAGGCUUCGGUAACAUCGGCGGUAUCAUCGCGACUUGGUCGUUCGUGGAGAAGAAUGGUAAAACCGACUAUCGAACUGGUUACAUCAUCUCUCUCUCGUUCGUUUGCUUGUCUAUCGCGGCCUGUGUUGCCUAUCUCCUUGCCAUUGUGUACGAAAACAGGAAGCGUGAUCGUGCUGCAGUUGAUCCUGCUUCGGUCGAUGAGGAAGAGGAGGAAUACCUCGGCGAUUUGGCGCCCACCUACCGCUACGCAUACUGA